AUGUCUUACAAUGGAAUAGGUUUACAAAGUGCCAGAGGCUCUGGUACCUCCGGAUAUAUACAGUCAAAUUUGUCUGCUAACAAGAAAAAUGCCAGCGAAGACUUGACUUCAGGACACUACAAGAAACGAAAACUAGAGCAGAAGCUCAGAGUUCGACAUGGUCAAGUUGCAAAAGUGGUGAAACCCAUCUCGCAAGCAGUUGAUAAAGAAAGAGAACUAUCAAGGCGAGUGGAAAUACAGUGCAUGGAGUUGAGAGAUGAACUCGAGGAGAAGGGCGUCUCAGAGGAGCAAAUCAAACAGAAAGUGAACAACCUAAGGAGUAAACUAAAAGAAAGUAAAAAGGGAUCCGAGUCGGAGUUGGAACUGGAACUGGAAUUGAAUCAAAAUAAAGAGCAAAUACGUCUACCAAAUAAGAGUGAACUCACAGUUAGUCUGGUCGAUAGCCUGUCAACAGAAACACGCACAACCUAUCAGUAUCAACCAAGAUUUAACUCUAGAACUAAUUCUAAGGAAAUUAGAGUAACACACAAAUCUGAUGAAUGA